GUGAAGUGACAAAAAAAAAUGAAGGUGAUAAUUGCUGUAUUUAUUGUUGGAUUGAUCGGAACGGUAAAUUGCCUGAACCGAAAUCCGUUGAUAAGAGCUCCGGAGGAAACUCCUAAACCAACUACUACAACUACUACUAGCUCAACCCCAAAGCCACUGGUUGACUGCGAUGUUCAGCCCGAUAACGAAGACGAUGCAAUCCUGUUGCCUAAUCCCGUGAAUUGCGAGAGUUACUACGUCUGCGUUGGAUUAGAUCCGAUUUUAAUGCCUUGCCCUGAUGGUCUUCACUUCAAUCCUAAAUUGAAAGUCUGCGAUUGGCCCGACGUUGCUAACUGCACUUCUCAGUUUUAAUUGUUUCUCUUUGCUUAAGAGAGUUUAAUGUUUGCUGGCGGUUAUUCAGUUAUGUUUUGCUUAAUAUUUACUAUUUACUGUUUCUAUUUACUAUUUAAAUGUAUUUAACAUUACCAUGAGCAAUAAAAACCCUUCAGAGUUAA